UUGGUUGUGUAGUGUUGUAUCUUCUUGUGUUUGCUGCUUGCUCGCCGUGCGGUACACGACGGGGUCGCAGACCGCAGUGAAAUUUUCCGCACUUGUUAAAAUACUUCGAAGGUACCUCGAUACACGAUUCGGCGAAUGCCAGGACGCAGCUGAAGAUGCACUCCCAACGCCAGCAAAACUACACCGAAAUCUACGAGCUGCUGAGGAAGUUGUGCAAAAGCUUGGCUGGUGAUCGAUACGGCCCGUUACUGAAAGGUGUAACGCAGCUGAUCGCCAAUACGCCGAAUUCGAUAUCGGCCUCUGGCAGCGAUGAAAGCUCGCUGGUAGCCCGGAUCGGACAACAUCUGAGCGGAAGCGGUAGCCGCAGUCAGAGUGACUGUGCCCUGUUUCACGGUCUGCACGAGCAGUUGAGCGCUUACACUGAGAGCAAACGAAGGGCUCAAAUUCUGGAGUUUUUACUGUUGCUGGCCGACUCGGCGGAAGGUAAAGUGGGACUGAACGGACACGGUCAGUGCUUCAGCGUUGAUUUGCGUUCCGACAUGAGCGGGGGAAGCUUUCCACAUUCGGGUGGAUCGCGUAACCUUGGAUCGGACUCCGCCGGCGGCGGAGGCUUGGAGAAUAUUUUUUCCAAAAUUGAACUACGUAGCCGGUCGUCCGACAAUAAUAACGAUGUGGGAAAGCGGUUGAUUCCGUUUAGAACGGGUUCGUUGGUUACGGCUGCCCCAGCGAUCGAUGGACGGAGUUCGACGACGUCCGGGGAGCUUUCGGAGGAAGAAAAUCAUAGCUCGUCGAUCAACCUCCAGGAUCAUCUCAUUCAGGAUGUGAUCUAUGCGUGUACGGGGAUUCAGGGCAAGUAUUUGCGGAAACAUAUCGUUACGGGUGAGUUUAAGUUGGAUCAUAUCAAAGGGCGAACGUUAAGUAUCGGCGAUGCCGGGAUGCUGCUGCAGCUAGCCGAGGUUGGUCACUUUCACAACCGAGUGUUGAAGUAUACCGAUCCGAAAAGCGACUGUUACAUGAAGGGUAACUUCGGCCAGGGUUAUAUGUCCGCUUUGCAGCGAGAGCUGACUCAAUACUACGGAAUGUUGGCCAUUCUGCAAGAAGAUUUAAACCGCCAGCGAAGGGAAACGGACGGCGAUCGUUUAACGCUGAAAAAGCUGCGACUGUGGCUGGCGGGUCCGAUGGAACGGCUGCAGUGGUUGGCACUGAUUUCCGAUUCUUGCAAAGAACUCAAAGGAGGCGCUUUGGCUACCGUCGUGUACGAUUAUACUACCAAUGGGCACCCGGAGAAUCGCAAGUGUGCCUUGGAACUGUUGCGGGCAGCUUGCGUUCCCCUGCAGCACGCUCUCAUUCGAUGGCUGAUCAACGGAGAAAUCGUCGAUCCGAAUUGUGAAUUUUUCAUCGAAGAAAUCGGUGAGGUUGGGUUCGAUCAACUGUGGCAUCAGAAGUACCGCAUCCGGCGCAGCAUGCUGCCGGGUUUCGUUAGCGAAACUAUGGCCAAACAAAUUCUGGUCAUCGGUAAGAGCAUAAAUUUCCUUCGGGAAGUUUGUCAGGACAAAACACCGGUCAAAGCCAGGAACGAUUUGAAGCAGUGCUUGGAAAAUGAUUUGGACUUCCUGUUUUCGCCCGUGUGCACAACAAAGCUGCACCAGUUGAUCGAUAGCGUCUAUUUAAACACUUCCAAGCAAGUUCUGGACAUAGUUCUCGGACCACACCGACUGCUGGAUCACCUACAAGCUCUCCGCAACUACAUACUUCUCGGUCAAGGUCACUUUGCAGAUUUACUAAUGGAAAAUUUGCACGCCGAACUGGACCGACCAGCAAGCGAGAUCUUCCAGCACGAUCUGUUCUCGAUUCUGGCAGCUGCCGUUCGAAUUUCGUCUUCCGAACAAGAUGAACCGGAAGUUCUGAACUAUCUGGACGUACAUUUUCUCUCACAUUACGACGGUGAAUCCGGCUGGGACGUGUUCGGCCUAACCUACAAGGUAAGCGGACCGCUGGCAACCAUUUUGGAACCGUCGCUCUGUCGCUAUCAGACCUUUUUCAAGCACUUGUGGAACAUGAAGCAUGUCGAGUUCAUGCUGUGCCGCACCUGGAAGCGUCAGAUGCUGGACGCCAAGUCACUGCGUCCACUGCAGAAGCACAUCGGUCCCAUCAUCCUACGCCUUCAGCUGACCACUUCGCAAAUGAUCAAUUUUAUCUGCCAGAUGCAGUACUACAUCCUGUUCGAGGUAAUCGAGUGCUCUUGGGUACAGUUUUUACCCCGAGUCAAUCAAGCCAAAGCAUUGGAUGACAUUCUGGAAGCCCAUCAGCAGUUCCUGGAGGAAAUACGCAUCGGCAUCUUUCUGGACGACAGCUCGCAGCAAAUCGUCAACACGUUGGAUCACGUUUUUCACACCGUUCGCAAGCUCGAAGAGUGGCAGGAGCGAUUCUAUCGGUUGUGCUUCGAUGAGCACGAAGCUCGCAGGACAUUCCAGGAGUAUAUAAAAUCCAGCGAGCGCAAGGGUCAGUACGGAACCACCACCGAGCGGAUGCUCGAGCGGGACGAACAGGCAAAGACGUUCGAGCAGCAUUUGGCCACCCACCAGACGUUGCUGCAGGAGAUUGGCAACGAGUACGACAACUUUGUCGGCCAGUUUCUGUACCAGUUGACGAUUUCCACCAGUGAAACGUUGCGACAGCUCGGCAUGCGAUUGGAUUACAAUGAGUGCUACAAACAUCGUGACGGUCGGUUGAGCGUACCGCUAACCUUCCAGCAUAUGCGCAUGAGCAUGGCGGCCAACAGCUUCCGCUCGAAGAAAGCAGCUUCAAGCUCGAUGCUCUACUGACAGCAUCAGCAGCAGAAGCAGCAAGUUAUGCCGACGAAAACGGUACAACACAGCUGGAAAGCACUGGUUCUCAAUACUCGUACUCUUAGCUACUACAACUGUUGCGCGUUGAUGUAAUAAACGUCCCUUGAACAGCACAUCAGUUUGUAAGCGAAAAAUUGCCAAGAUUGUUUUAGUCUCGAUUAA